AUGACUGAGUCCGAGACGGCUCUCAGCCGCUUUGCCCACGAGACGAAGCGCUGGUGCAAAGAACGUUCUAUUUCGGACCGUGAUGAGGAACCUGAACUUCCAUUCCCAAUGUAUACCGUAUCCUGGAAGGUUCUACGGCAGAUGACAGAAGUACGACCCUUUGAAGAACUGAUGGAUGACGGAUCCCUCACGGUGUUCAAGGAGCAAAUGGGCAAAGCCUUCUUCGUCUCGCACCAGUGGCUGGCCAAUAGCCAUCCCGAUCCGCGCGGGGAACAGCUCAAGGUUUUGCAGGAGGCCCUCAGCAACAUCAUGUCUGGUACCAGCCAGGUGCGGAUCCCGCUGACUUUGGAGCUACUCUAUGGCCGCGUGGGCACACCGAAAUCUUCCGACUUGAAGCCGGAAUCGCUCUACAUUUGGUACGACUACUUCUCUUGUCCGCAGGGUGCAGGCUCGAAAGCCGAGAAGCAGCGACAACGCGCCAUUGACACGAUUGUGUCCUACGUCGCCAGGUGCGAGUACUUCGUCAUCCUCUGCCCCGAGUUGAUGCACUUCGACGUCGGGGUCUUGCUCGGCCAGGAAUCCUGGGCCGAGAGGGGCUGGUGCCGCACCGAGCGCCUCGCGCGAGAGCUCGCCGCUCGGGAGGAUGGUUUCGUGAUCCUCAUCGAGAGUCCCAUGCACCAAAGCCUGAUAUCCAACACUCGAAGGCACCUGGAUGCACCUGGAAAGGGCUUCUUCACAGAGGAGAGCGACCGCCUUCGCAUUGCCCGGGUGAUCUUGCAGCUAGUGUGGAGGAAGUUGCAGUAUUACCUGGAGCAGCACGAUCUGCCCAAGUACCGCUUUCUCCUGAAUACGCAAGAGGCCUGCUGCCUCGCGAACUUGGGAAAGGGUCCACUCGAAGGGUUGGUCCCAGACUUUCGACCCACUGCCGAUCCCAUCACGGAUCCGCAAGCCUGCGUCGUGGAGCGGUUCCUGCACGAGAACGGAUUUUUCAGCAUCACAGAGCGCGAUAAGGCUGGAUGGACACCUCUGUGCUACGCUGCCAUGUCGGGAAGCGCAUUUCUGGUGACUUCCCUGCUGGCACAGAGAGCCGACCCCAAUGACAAGAUCACAAAGCACAAGCGAGAUCUUUUACUACCGCCGAAGUUGUCCGUCCUGGGCCUAGCUGCACACUUUCGUCACAACAACGUGAUGGAGGACAUGGCGGUCACGCCCGUCGGUGGCCAGUCUGCCUAA